CGCGGUUUGGGGCGACAGCGAAUCAUACUGUUUGUGACAAGCUAACUGGCAAACUAACGGGCAACGCGAAACAGCCAUUGGCUUUUCGACAUAACCGAGAUCUACAACAACAACAACAACGACAAUAGCAGUUUUUGUGUUUUCGUCGAAUUUAGAGCGCCCUUUCUACAGUUUUAAUAAAAAUACAGGCAGAGUGUGAGGGGAAGUCAUAACAUUCAGCAUUGUAGUGUUGAAAUGCCCCCUAAAAAGCGUGGAAGACAGCAGCACAACAAGGAGAUUAAGCAGAGCGACAAUGGGAGGUUCUCGCCGGACGAGAAGGACACUUUGGUGUUAAGCACAGAAGAGCACAAAAACAAAGAUGCUGACUUUUUAGCCAUAUGCAAGAAACUAGAUGUGACAGAUGUUGUGUGUGAUCAUGCCUGGAGGCUAUGGGAGAUGCUAGUCACAUCAGCAGAUGUACUACUGGACACCAAAAAGAAGCACUGGGGAGUUUGUUUAUUCAUAGCUGCAACUGACCUGGGCGUAAGAACCUUCACGCUUACAGAGGUCCAGAAGGCUGUGGAUCUCAACCAGAAGCAGUUCUUUGACCUUCUAAAGAACAUGGAUGUGAAUGUGGACACAAUCAGCACUAAAGUAAAUGCGGUUAUGACCAGGCUGGAGAAGAAAUACGAUGUUUUACAGGCACUCUUCCAGAGGUUUGAGAAGACAUGUUGUAAAGUCUACGCUGACACCAGCUCCCAGAGAAAAGAAGGACAAGACAGCAAGCAGAUCAUGCGAAACUGCUGGACACUGUUUCUCCUGGUCAUAGGAAAAGUGCUACAGGUAGAAGAAGACCUGGUGAUCUCUUUCCAACUGCUGAUGUGUGUGCUAGACUUCUAUAUAAAACGCUGUCCUGCAACUAUGCUCCAGCAACCUUAUAAAACUGUCGUUAGUGCGUUGUCUGGGAGCCCCCCAACUCGGACAUCUCGACGCAAUCAGGGUAGGGCCAAGCCUCGCCCCUUGAAAGAGGAUCAUAAACUACUGGAAAUCCUUUGUAAAGAGAACGAUUGCAGCAUGGAAGAGGUGAAACAUGUGUACUUGACCAGCUUCUCAGCCUUUCUUGACUCUAUGAAAUUGUCUGGUUCCAGAGAUCUGCCAGAGGAAGAUAUACUGGAUAAGCAGUAUGAAGAACUCUACCUCAAAAGUAAAGACUUUGAUGCCAGGCUGUUCUUGGACAAUGAUGAAACUCUUCAGAUGAAUAAAACAGACUUGGAAAAACCAGAAAGUAUACCAAAAAAGAGCUCUCCAGAGGAGGAGCAUGUUCUCAUUCAACACCAGACUCCUGUUCGGGUUGCCAUGUUGUCCAUUCAUCAGCUGAAGGUUAUUCUUAGCUCUGCCAGUGGCCAGCCAUCAGACACUUUGAAUACAUUUUUCAAAAACUGUACAGUGGACCCUUCGGAAGAGAUCACUAACCGAGUGGAGCAUCUGGGCAAGGCCUUCAGCCAGCGUUUUGCUGAGUGUGUUGGUCAGCAGUGUGUAGAGAUCGGGUGUCAGAGGUUUUCCCUUGGUGUCCGGCUGUAUUACAGAGUGAUGGAGUCCAUACUGAAAUCGGAAGAAAAAAGGUUGUCCGUGCAGAAUUUUAGUAUACUUCUCAACAAUUCUACAUUUCACAUUUCACUCCUUGCUUGUGCUCUGGAAGUUGUCAUGGCAACAUAUGGUGGUAUGUUGAAAAAUGGAGCAUUAAAUGGUGGGGGUGGUGGAAGCAUGCAAGAAACAGACCUUUCCUUCCCCUGGAUCUUGGAUGUCUUCCAGUUGUCUGCUUUUGACUUCUACAAGGUAGUAGAAAGCUUCAUCAAAGCAGAGCCAAGUCUGAGCCGAGACAUUAUAAAACACUUGGAACGAUGCGAACACUUAAUCAUGGAGAGCAUUGCAUGGAGAGGGGAUUCUCCUCUGUUUGAGCUGCUCAGUCAGUCGCAGGAUGAGGAGGAUCCAGUGGGUCAAGCUGAGCCCCCCUCCACUCUGAACCAGCCGUUGCAGCACAACCACACAGCUGCAGAUCUGUACCUGUCCCCACUGCGGCCCAGCAGUCGUAUUGGCCCACUUGAUUUCCAUUCCUCUCCUCUUUCACAAACAUCUGUCCAGUCUUUUAGGUGCACCAAGUCAAUUUCUCUCUCUCUCUUCUACAGAAAAGUGUAUCGGCUGGCAUACCUGCGACUGAAUAUGCUGUGCACGCUACUGCUGAAGGAUCACCCCGACCUGGAGCCCAUAAUAUGGACGCUGCUCCAGCACACACUUCGGCAUGAGUAUGAGCUGAUGAAAGACCGCCACCUAGACCAGUUGAUGAUGUCAGCCAUGUAUGCCAUCUGCAAAGUCAAGAACAUUGAUCUGCGGUUCAAGACUAUCGUCACUGCAUACAAGAGUUUACCCAACACCAACCAGGAGACGUUCAAGAGAGUGCUGAUCCGAGAAGGCCAGUAUGACUCCAUAAUUGUUUUCUACAAUCUGGUCUUCAUGCAGAAGCUCAAGACAAAAAUUUUGCAAUAUACCUCUCCAUUGCCCCCCACCUUAUCCCCAAUCCCCCAAAUCCCCUGCAGUCCCUACAAGUACCCCAGCUCCCCGCUGCAGGUUCCUGGCAGUAACAAUGUGUAUAUAUCUCCUUUAAAGAACAGCAGACUCUCUCCAGGUGUUAUGACCCCACGGUCCAGAAUCUUGGUAUCUAUUGGGGAAUCCUUUGGGACAUCAGAUAAGUUUCAGAAGAUCAACGAGAUGGUAAGCAGCAGCGACUGGUCUCUGAAGAGGAGUUUUGAUCAAGGUUCUACACCAAAGCCUUUAAAGAGACUUCGCUUUGACAUGGAUGGCCAAGAUGAAGCUGAUGGGAGCAAAUCUACUGGAAAAUCCAAGCUGAUCCAGAAGUUGGCAGAAAUGAGUUCCACUCGAACUCUGAUGCAGGAGCAGAAGCUGAAGGACAGUGCACACUCAGCGAAGGGGGAACAGCCCUAAAUAAUAUUCAUAGAUCACUGAAUUUUUUUUUUUUUUUAAUGAGGCAGUUUCUUUUUUUUCUCAGCUGUCUUGUGUGCUGGCUGUUCCAGUGUGACAAAGAUAUUACCUUUAAAAUUUCUCCAGUAGUUAGAUUUUUUUGUGAAAUUUAAGUACAUCAGGUGUAUCUUAUUUGUAUUGCUACUGAAUAAGAUAUAUUUUGAACGCUGAAACAGUACAACUUCAAAAGUCCAAACAAUAUUAAGUGGUAUGUUUGUUUUUUUUUUUUUUAAGUUGAGCAUCCUUAAAUAGAUAUUCUUAUGUUCAGAGUAUUUUUAAGUGUUGGAUGUGGAAAGGAAAGAAUUUAGUUUUGACAAAACGGCUCCACUUAAAUAUGUUGCAUCACACAUGAAUUACCGCUUUAUUGUUUAUCAGGUUCUAUGACAAUUUUAGUGGGGUUGUUUCAACAAACCACUUUUAUCACGUGCAGGUGCAUUUCUGGUCAGGUGCCUUACCUCACAAGUAUGGAGAAGAUCAGCCUAAAAUUAAUGUGUAGUCACAUUAAAAAUGUGGGAAUUUUCAAUUUAGUGUUACCAUUUAAUGGUGAGAUCGAAGACUAGCCUUGGACCAUUGAAACUGUAGUUCUUUAUUAAAAAACUGGUCUCAGGUUAAAGAAAUACAAUUGAAUUUUUUAGUUGCCUAGAAGUGAGUGAUGUGUGAAAGAACAAAGAAUACACUUUAAUGCUUAUGUGAAAAAACUGCUUUUAGAUUUUGUCCAUUUGGUUAAUUUUUGUAUACUAAUGACUACUUUGUAAAAUAUAUAAAUUGUUUUAAAGUGUGUCUGCGUAUCAGUUCACCUAUAUUGGAUCAAUGUUUGGGAAUUUUUUUAUACUGUAGGCAUUAAUUAUGACUUAGUAAGUGGGUCAUGUAACAGUCAUUGUAAUUAGGGGUCCAUAUAACCUUUAUGCUGCAACUGUAUUCUGUAUUCAUUCUUUGUGGUCUACCCAUUUAUCAUUUUGAUCCUCAAUAGUUGUCUAAUUUGAAAGGUUGCUGUCUUGGCCCAUGAUGGUGUACAACCCAUAAUAUGUGAAUAAUCUUAAACUACCUCUUAUUUGUGAACUCAGAGCUUUCACAAAAGGCAACACACUAUAUACUCUACAUCUUAUCGAAAUUGCGUAUAUCUCUCAUCAUAAGCAAUGUAAUUUGUCAGCCGAGUUCCCUCCUUUCCCUAGAGGUACUAUUGAACUCAAAUAGUUAAAGGUGUCAAAGUUUAAUUUAAAAUGUUUAGGAGCUGU